ACAGCAUUUUGUAAAGUAGUGUCAAAUAAUCAUCGAAGAUGGUUAAUGUUAUGAAAGGAGUUUUAGUUCAAUGUGAUCAGGCUAUGAAACAAUUUUUACUUCAUUUGGAUGAAACAUUGAAACUGGGAAAAAGAUUUAUAAUUCAAGAUUUAGACGAGACUCAUUUAUUUAUUGCAGCUGAAGUAAUUGAAACUUUACAAGCUAAAAUCGACGAUUUAAUGGAUCAAAUUAGUUUCCCGGUAACAGAAAAAGGAUAUUAA